AUGUCCAAGACUUCCAAGGUUGCCGAUAAGGGCUCCAAGGCCUCCAAGGCCCUCAACAAGGUCAAGGAUGCCGGUGUCACCAAGGCCUCCCAGUCCCCCGCUGCCAAGAGCAAGACCAUCGCCGCCAAGGUCGUCUCCAAGGAGAAGUCCAAGAAGGACAAGAAGAAGGCCCCUACUCCCAGCUCUUCCGAGUCCGAGUCCGAGUCCGACGAGGAGAUGAAGGAUGCUUCUUCCAGCAGCUCUUCUGAGUCCGAGUCUGAGGAUGAGAAGCCCGCUCCCAAGAAGGCCGAGAAGAAGGUUGCCGCCAAGGCCGAGUCUUCUGACUCUUCCGACUCUUCCGACUCUGAGUCUGAGUCCGAGGAUGAGAAGCCCGCUCCCAAGAAGGCUGAGAAGAAGGUUGCUGCCAAGGCCGAGUCUUCUGACUCUUCCGACUCUUCCGAUUCUGAGUCUGAGUCUGAAGAUGAGAAGCCCGCUCCCAAGAAGGCCGCCGCCAAGGCUGAGUCUUCUGACUCCGACUCUUCUGAGUCUGAGGCUGAGGCCAAGAAGGCCGAGUCUUCCGACUCUGAGUCUGGCUCUGACUCUGACAGCUCUGACUCUGACUCUGAGGACAGCGAGCCUUCCAAGAAGCGCAAGGCUGAUGCCGAGCCCGAGGCUGCUGCCAAGAAGACCAAGACCGAGGAAGCUCCCGAGGGUGCCUCCGCCAACCUCUUCAUCGGCAAUCUGUCCUGGAACGUCGACGAGGAGUGGCUCCAGCGUGAGUUCUCUGAGUUCGGUGAACUUUCCGGCUGCCGCAUUGUCACCGACCGUGAGACCGGUCGCUCCCGCGGAUUCGGUUACGUUGAGUUCACCAGCGCUGCCGAUGCUGCCAAGGCCAUGGAUGCCAAGAAGGGUACCGAUCUUGACGGCCGUACCAUCAACCUUGACUACGCUACUGCCCGCCAGGCUCCCCAGGCCGGUGCUGACCGCACCCAGAACCGUGCUCGCUCCUACGGUGACUCUACCAGCCCCGAGAGUGACACUCUCUUCGUUGGCAACCUUCCCUUCAGCGCCACUGAGGAUGCUCUCCACGAGGUCUUCGGUGCCCAGGGUUCCGUCCUCGGCAUUCGUCUUCCUACCGAGCAAGAGACCGGUCGCCCCAAGGGCUUCGGUUACGUUCAGUUCUCCUCCAUUGAGGAGGCCAAGGCUGCCCACAGUGCCCUCAAUGGUGAGGAGAUCGAGGGUCGUGCCAUCCGUCUUGACUUCUCCACUCCCCGUCCCGCUGGCGGUGACCGUGGUGGCUUCGGCGGCCGUGGUGGUGGCCGCGGUGGUGGCCGUGGUGGCUUCGGUGGUCGCGGCGGCGGCGGCGGCUUCGGUGGCCGUGGCGGUGGUGGUCGCGGUGGUGGCCGUGGUGGAUUCGGCGCUCCCCGUGGCGGUGCUCUCAACAAGGGCAAGGGCUCCAUCCCUGAGUUCAAGGGCUCCAAGGUCACUUUCUAA